AUGCCGCAUGUUGCCGAUGAAAAUGUGAAUAUCAUGAUGAAAGAGUCAAAUACAAGUAUACCUUGGUUGGAAAACAGUUCGUAUAUCGUCAACAUACACAGUUCUGGGAAUCUAGAUAAAAGACAACAGAUAAAUCGACAAGAUCGCUUAUUGUCUCCUCUUCCAACAACUGGUCCAAACGCCGUAGCUUUCUAUGCUGUAAUGUCCAGACCAUUGACAAAUCCAGGGGACCAACACACUUUUAUCUUUGACGAAGUGAAAAUAAAUGCUGGGAAUGGAUAUCGCCCACACUCUGGUGUCUUCAUUGCUCCCAACACUGGUAUCUACGCUUUCACGUGGUCCAUGCGUCUUUAUGGAACUGAACAUCAUAGUGCCCAGCUGAUGGUGAAGGGCCAUGUUCACGGUGCGGUCUUUCUUACUGUUGGCGGAAGCAGUAAUAAUGACAACGUCAGCGGCACUGGUGUUGCUUUUAUGAAUGAAGGGGAUGAUGCUUUUAUCAGAACAGCUACUGGUAAUUUGGGCAAAAUUGAGAGUGAUAGUUCGGGAUACACCGCCUUUGGAGGAUGGCUUAUUAAAUAA